AUGGGUCUCCCUCCCUACGACCUCCCGCUCUCCCCCCUCCGAAGACAGCGCUAUAUUUUUGACGUGUCCACCGUCCCCAACAAGGCCGAGGUGCUGGGAGCUGAACUGCGGAUUGUCACCAAAACCAGCGGAAAUUCUCGAAUUUCUGAUUCAGAUCCGGUGGAAAUCCAGUUAUAUUCUUGUCUCGACCAGCAGAUUGUUUACUCCAAGACUUUGGACCUGCAAGAGUCGGGACAUCGGCCAAAAUGGGAGGUCCUAGAUGUUUGGGAAGUCUUUCGUGACUGGCAGAGUUCAAGUCCUGGCAAAGUUUUCUGCUUGGAGCUGGCGGCCAUUUUGGAUAACUCCGAAAAGGAAGUAGAUUUGAACGUUUUGGGAUUGCACCGUCAGGGAAAACCGCAGCAGAAGAAAGCCAUUUUGGUGGUUUUUACGCGCUCGAGAAAGAGGCAGACUUUAUUCAGCGAGCGCAAAGAGGGUCGAGCUUUGAUGGGAAUGAUCCGGAAAGCCAAAGAACGGAACGCCAAACUGAGCAGGAAGCGGCGCACGGCGAGCUCCAAGACUCGCCACGGGAAGCGCCACGGGAAGAAGUCCAAAUCGCGCUGCAGCAAGAAGCCGCUGCACGUGAACUUCCGGGACCUGGGCUGGGACGACUGGAUCAUCGCGCCGCUGGACUACGAGGCGUACCACUGCGAGGGCGUGUGCGACUUCCCGCUCAGAUCGCACCUGGAGCCGACCAAUCACGCGAUCAUACAGACUCUGAUGAACUCCAUGAACCCCAGCCACAUGCCCCCGAGCUGCUGCGCCCCCUACAGGCUGAGCCCCAUCAGCAUCCUCUACAUCGACUCUGGGAACAACGUGGUCUACAAGCAGUAUGAGGACAUGGUGGUGGAGUCCUGUGGCUGCAGAUGA